AAUGCGCCCUCCCUCACGCGCACUAGAUGCACAUAGGAGUGAGUAGGCGCUCUUCUCUUGCGCAAGAUGCGAGAUACUGUAUCACCUAUGUAGUACUACCGUUGCAGGUAGCAAAGUAGCUUUGCUCAGCAAACGGAUUGUAACAUUUGGACGUGGUCUUUUUUUCCGGAGUUGAGCUGCCUGAGCAGAAUGGUAUCGCUCGUGAAUUACGCGUGUCUUUUCUUGCCUGUUGCUCUCCAUCUGAUCGUCGGCCCCUGUCCCAGCUCUGCUGCCUCCACCAGGAGGUGUCACUCCAUCUAUAAGGGCUUCGCUCAGUGUCUGAUGGCUCUGGGGGACAGCCUGACUGAGAGUGCCCAGAAGAUUGAGGAUACACAGGAGAUACACACCAUCUGCAAGUCCUGGGAUGAGUUUCAUGACUGUGCGAACGUGGCGAUGGCGGGCUGUCCUGAUGAGGCUGCUGCAGUCUGGGAGUCUCUGCGACAGGAGUCCAAGAAGAUGCAGUUUUCUGGUAACCUGUAUGACAUGUGCUCCAGUCGUAACCAACCAGCUGGCACUGCUGAUGCCCUGAGCCCACCCAACCAGGAAGAGAUUAACCAGGAGUCUCUAAAAGCACACACCCACCAUCUAGGCCCUGCCUCUUUCUGGUUGCUCUCCUUAUGUCUGUCCCUUCUGCUGCUGUUGGCCAAGAUAUAGGCACGAUCAGGGUGAAGGGGAGGGAGGAACUCAUUGAGGACAUGUAAAAAAUUAAAUAAAAAAUAAUAAACUCACAAAUAUUUUUUGUGUACUAAAACUGAGUUGCAUAUAUUUCUAGCUGCAUGUUCAGAUUGGUGGCUCCUCAUCUGUAGUGUAUUCAUUUCAUACACACAUUAUCUCUCUAACUCCUUUUCAUCAAUUUAAGAGUUGGAUAGUAUGGUUCCAGGGGGAUGCUGUCUGGGAGAGCUGAGGGUAGAAUGUAAAUGAGCAAAUAAACCUCAAACAUCUAGAACCCAAGACAGAUUAUUCAAGCCUCACCAGGCAAGGCUUAACAGCAACAUCUCACACAGAAACCUGCAUCCUGAAGUUUCCUUCAGGUUGUUAUUCAAUCAGAGAGCACUGUGGGAUGUUUUGUAGCAUUAAAGGCUCAGACAAUUUUUGUUAUUUCGUUUGGGACUCACUGAGGAUUACAGAGAGAAUUACUCAGAGUAAAACCUCUAGAACAAUAGAGCUUACCUGCAGACAAGCAUAAUGAAAUAUACCCAGCUCAUGGCAGUUUGAAUGUUAAGGACUGAAGGCUUGGAUCGCUGUGUAUUCACCCAGUGCGGGUCUAUUUAACACAGCGUUCAUUAACAGAUAAACCACUUAACUUACAUGAAAUCACUUCUUGUCUUGGUCAAGUCUAGGCGGACCUAGAAUUGUGUUUAGUCAUUUGUGUUGAAGAAAUAUGGAUGAAGGUGUACAUAAUGGAAUUUAUUCAUAUGACUAUUUAUGUACAUAUCAAAUGGCACAUCAAUAUAUAGUAUCAAGCCUUUUGAUGCUGCAGGAGCCUGUGUGUAAACGGAGACCCUGGUGAAAUAAUAACGGUAUAGAAAAAAGAAGAAAGGUUUUACUCAAAAGGACUUUCAUUUUAUUAAAGUCAACACCACGAGGAUAACCCCUGCUUGACUCCCUGACAUUAAAUCUUAGCUGCGUUUAAAACCUCGUUUUAAUUGAAUGUAGGUCUGAGAUAAACUACCAUGUUGGAAAUGGAAAAUACCUUUUCAAUGUAUGUUUUCUAUUGGCUUUGCUCUCAACAGCUUUAUCGGUCAAUUUGUAUUUGCAGUGGAUUUGCAUUUUUAAUUGGAAAUUAAUCUUGUUUGCUAUUGCAGCAAGUUUGUGUGGAAUGGUUAGGGAGGCAGCAGUAAACUACAGUGAAAACUUGAAGGAAAUCAAUUUUUAUCUUCAUUGUAAAGUAAAGGACAUACAAUAUAUGAAGUAGAUUUAGUUGAUCAUUAAAUAAAUGUAAAUAUUUAAAGAAUAUUGUGUUGCUAUGACAACAGUUAGCGCUACAACAUUUUAGGUUACUGGAUAACACAUUUUAGACUGUUUGCAAACUGUGAGGACUUUAUUACUUAUCUGAAUUUCAAUAAAUUGUGUGUGUGUGUGUGUGUGUGUGUGUCUGUGUGUGGGUCUGUGUGUGUGUGUAUGUGUAUGUGUACGUGUACGUGUGUGUGCGUGCGUGUGUGUAUUGUGCCAGUGUAAUAACAAUUGGUGAAUGAAAGCAGUAGCAAUGCCUUUUAUGUCAAAAUACAGUAUGGAGACUCUCCCUUAUCUUGCUUUACAAUAAGCUUUUUCAUUCUUGUAUACAUCAGCUCAUAAGCAUCAUUAUUUUUCACAUAUAUAUAAUGUUACUGUACCUAUAUUGUAUACUUCUGUACUAGCAGUUAUACUGGGGCGGCAGGUAGCCUAGUGGUUAGAGUGUAGGGGCGGCAGGUAGCCUAGUGGUUAGAGCGUUGGGCCAGUAACCGAAAGGCCGCUAAGAUUGAAUCCCCGAGCUGACAAGGUAUA